AUGGCACCUAGAAGUCCUCUUCCUCUUUCGGAGGAGUGGAAAGAUCCCGACGAAUAUGUUCAAGCCCUUCUUUCCUUUGCGACUGAGUCGAUCAUGUUCAUCAACCUUUGCGGCGGGGUGCAUAUUCUCGAUUUUUUGACACGCGAACCCGAUCUGUAUGCGACAUUGCUGCCCGAAGAUUGGCGCGCAUUCUUCGAUCAACACGACAUUCACAGCAUUCUACAGUUGCUCCUGCGAGAAGACAUCGGCCCGCUUUGCGACAGCGCAGAAACAACCGACAGAACCUGGAACGGAGGCGCAUUUCCGCCUGCGAGUCUACUGGAAUACAUUCGCAAUAUACGCCGACUCACUCUCCAGCGCGAUUUCACCCCAGACCCACAGAACAACGAACGCCUUCCGCGACAUGUCGCUGUAGGAAUGAAUAAGAAGAAGACCCAUGAGGUUGAACAAUUCUCCAAAUACGUCGCCUCUCUGUCGGACACUGUGAAGGAGUGUCGCGGAGAACCACUGUCUCACAUUGUGGACUUCGGAUCCGGGCAAAACUAUCUGGGGCGGACGCUGGCUAGCGCGCCUUACCACAAGCAUAUCAUUGCGAUCGAGCGCAAGCAUCAAUACAUUAGCGGUGCUAACCGUAUGGAUGUUCAUGCUCGACUGACCAAGCAAGAAAAGCAGAAGACUAUGUACGUCAAGAAGCAGCGGAAGAAGUGUCUUGACUGUACCGACACCCCGGAGCUAGCAGACAAGGUCGAUACUCCUAAAACAGAACCCGCAGAUUCGACUGAGACUGUGACGGAGAAUCCCGCUGGGGAUGAUGAUAAUGAAAACACUUUCAUGCUGAGCGAGAUGAGCUUAGAGGCCGAUGAUGUGGUCGUUCCCUUCGAGAAGCCUCGACCUCAUAUUCCUAAACCCCCACCAGAAAUCGAUACCCGGGGACAUGUCAGUUACAUUGAGCACGAGAUCCAAGACGGCUACCUGGAACCAAUCAUUGAUCACGUCGUCGAUCCAAAGACGCUCGAGGAUGGAACCGAGGCAGAGCUCACUCAACCUGAAAAGAAACCAAGCGAUGCCCGAGUCAUGGUGGUUUCUCUACACUCAUGUGGAAACCUUGUCCACCACGGUGUCCGCUCCCUCAUCCUCAACCCAUCGGUAGUAGCAAUUGCCAUGAUUGGCUGUUGUUACAACCUCCUCACCGAGCGCCUGGGACCAGCAACCUACAAACUCCCAAAUCUACGACCCAUCCACCCCCGCCUCAAAAAAACAGGCGACUCUUACGACCCCCACGGCUUCCCAAUGUCGAAGCUCUACGAAGACUACGAAUCCGACACGAUCAAAGGAAUGAAACUAAACAUCACCGCCCGAUCAAUGGGUGUUCAGGCCCCCUACAACUGGGGCUACGCCGAUAGCGAAGGCUUCUUCACGCGCCACUUCUACCGCGCUCUUUUACAGCGUGUCCUCGUCGAUCGCGGCGUCGUCUUAAAACCGGCGAUCCCAGUAGACCUUUACAAAACAGACGAGUCUCAGAUCGCACUAAUUGUCGGCUCGCUUCGCAAGGCUGCCUUCGAAUCCUUCACUGCAUAUGUCCGCGCCGCGACUGUCAAGCUUAGACGGGAUGCGACUCGUGGUGAUCUCGUCAAGGAGCGGAUCUGUACGAUGUCUGAUGAGGAAUUGGAGCGCUAUGAAAAGGACUACCUGCAUACACGCAAGAAUCUCAGUGUGGUGUGGAGUCUUAUGGCGUUUAGUGCACAGGUUGUUGAGGCUGUCAUUGUUGUUGAUCGUUGGCAGUUUUUGCGUGAGCAUGAUUCUGUCAAGGAGUGCUGGGUUGAGACUGUCUUUGAGUAUGGGGAGAGUCCUAGAAAUCUGGCUGUUAUUGGUAUCAAAAAGUGA